UUACACUAAUGUCCUGACAAUGUCCUGACAAUGUCCUGACAAAGUCCUGACGGAUAUGAAAAUGCUAAUUACGUUUUCAUUAUAUAAAGGAUUUACUUUAAAUUUGGAACCAAGCAAGAUGACAACAUUAAUCUAAUAAAUAAAAGAAAAAAAAUUAAAAAAAAUAUUUUUAAGAGUUAGAAAACUUGACCUGACCAACUUCGACUUUGAAAUCACUAAUGUCCUGACCGAUAUGAAACGGCUAAAUACUUUUUUAUUAUUCACAGGAUAGACUUCAAAUUCGAUAUCAAGGAAGAUUAAAACAUUUAAUCCAAAAAUAUAAGAAAAAAAUGAAAAAAAAAUAAUUUUUAGAGUUAGAAAACUUGACCUGACCAAUACGAUUUUGCCGCGACUAAUGUCCGGACCGAUAUAAAACUGCUAAUUUCUUUUUUAUCUUUGGAAGGAUUAACUUCAAAUUUAGUAGCAAGGAAGAUUUCGACAUUUAACAAAGAAAUAAAAAGAAAUGAAAAGAAAGCAAAUAUUCAAAAGACCAAAAAACUUGACCUGACCAACAUAGGCUAUUCACCAAAAAAAGACAUGUUCGUUUAAAAAAUAGAAAGACUAUGUAUAUUUCUUAAAUAAAUGUCUUUAAGUUUGAUAAAUAUCAAUAUUUUAUUAAAUAUUUAAAUGACAAAAAGAAAAAAAUGUGAACAAGUAUUGCAAGGGUAAAAAUAUAUUGACCUGACAUUGUCGAACUUGUCCUGAUCAAUUUUCUAACUGAAAGAAAAUGUUAACCUCUUACCUUAAAUUAUUGAAAUUGAAAAUAUCCGAUCACAAUGAUAUUACAACAUUGAACGCAGAAAGAUACUGUUGAAAUGAAACGAAAGAGAAAUAUUAGAACCAGUUGCUGAAUGUUUUCGUAUUGACCAGAUGUUCAACGAACUGCAACCAACCAUCGACAACUACAACACCGUGGUACUUCACGUUGGCGCCAACGACCUCUCCCGUGGUUCAUCAGUAAAGACUCUACUCAGGAAAUACCAACAACUGACAUCAGACAUUUGGCACAGCAACCCAACAGCAGACAUCAUCAUAUCUGGAGUCCUACCUAGAGCCGACAACCAAUUCCCAGGGGCACUUCUGCGCACCAACUUCCUAACGGAACUCAACCAGAGAGCUCGGCUACUCAAUACCAAACUACAGUUACUAGCUACCCGAGUUCCAAGACUCCACUACGUUGGUCACCCGUCAUUCGCCCAGAAAGGUACUAUCCAGAGACACCUACUCAGUCGAGAUGGUCUUCAUCUAAGCUACCGUGGUACAUCAACUGUGGUGAAAGACAUCGAGAGCGCCAUUCGUCAUCUACGCAAAACCAAGGAUACUCAUGACAGCAUCUGGGAACUACCAACGUCAACACCAACGUCAACACCAACGCCAACACCAAAAGCACCUACACCAAUGCCUGACCCAACUGAACCAGCUGUAGACCAAUCACUGUACCGAACUGCACUACUCACUUUACCGAUACGAACACCAACACCAACACCAACACCAAAACCAGUACUAACUUCAACAGGUAUUCAGGUGAUUGAAGAGUGGCCUGCUCUUCCACGGGUAUGUUAUCUGGUAUCUUCUCUUAUUAACACUUCAUCUACCUCUAACACUGUGCAUGUUCCUACCACCACGUCCUCAUCUGUUCCAGCAUGUACCAUCUCACCAAAUCCUGUUUGUGUCGCACCUACCUCCACUUCUAGCCGCUCACCCACUUCCACUUCUUACCGCUUGUCUACCUCCACUUCUAACCGCUUGCCUACCUCCACUUCUAACCGCUUGCCUACUUCCACUUCUAACCGCUUGCCUACCUCCACUUCUAACCGCUUGUCUACCUCCACUUCUAACCGCUUGCCUACCUCCACUUCCAACCGCUCACCCACUUCUAACCGCUUGCCUACCUCCACUUCUAACCGUUUACCUACCUCCACUUCUAACCGCUUGCCUACCUCCACUUCUAACCGCUCACCCACUUCUAACCGCUUGCCUACCUCCACUUCUAACCGCUUGCCUACCUCCACUUCCAACCGCUCACCCACUAUAAUAGCCUUACCGGAGAUGAUAUCGAUAAACUUGCUUGUUAAAUUACCUGAUGUUCAACAACAAACAAAUGGAUAUGACUGUGGUGUUUAUGCUAUUGCCAACAUGGUGGAAUAUUGUCAUAAAGAAAAACUCAACACUCAAAGACGUACGAAGUUUAUUGAGAAAUACAUGCGACCACAUUUAAUAUCGUGUUUGGAAAAAGGACAUUUUACACCAUUUCCUCAAAAUACAACAUCAAGUACAGACUUUGUUAGGAUUUUUGCCAGAAGAAUUGAGUGUAGUUGUCAGUGUGGUAAACCAGAUGUUUUUGAGAACAUGAUUGGAUGUGAAGCGAAAAGAGGACGGAUCAGCUGUACUAAGUGGGUUCAUCAGACAUGUUCAGGAGUUUCAGAAGAUUGGUACUGUGAUGAACAUCGCGAUGCUUGA